ACAUUGCCCCUGCUGCAGCUCAGUGUCCGUCCUUUUGUGCCUUCACCACAUCAGGAUAAACUCCCAAACUCCACCGUCUCUCUACUCUCUAGAGAGAGAAACAAUACACACAGAGAGGAGAGAGAGAGAGAGAGAGAGAGGAGCACGCACAGAGAUCAAAAGCUCCAGAGUUGACAUCAAAAUUCAAAUCAAAGUUUGUAAAUGUUACUUUUCCAACCCAGAAGACCCUACAAGAAGAAGUCAAUUUGUAGCUGCUAAAACACUGAAAUUUUUUUAGCAGCAAAUCGAGCUGACCAGGACCAAAAAUGGGAUGCUGCUAUUCGAGGGUAGAACGGGAAGAAAUGGUGUCGAGAUGCAAAUCGAGAAAGCGGUACAUGAAGCAGCUGGUGAAAGCACGGCAAGCUUGGUCAGCUGCUCACACCAUGUACCUGCGCUCUCUCCGCUGCACGGGCUCUGCUCUGCUCCAGUUUUCGAAUGCCGAAACUACCCUCCAUCACCACCACCACAACUACAACCACAACCACCCCCACAACUACAAUCACCACCACCACGACAACUACCAGUCACAGCAGCCGCCGCUGCAAACCCCGCCAACCCCACAACCGCCACCGCCACCACCUCCACUCAGCUCAAGUUCCGAUUCGUGGACGACUUCCACCACACCCUCAACAGCUCGCCCACCUCCGCCGCCACCGCCACCUUCGUCCACGUGGGAUUUCUGGGACCCAUUUGUGGCUUCCUCUUCAAGGCCAGUGACGGAAGAAGAGUGGGAAUCUACGACUACCGCUUCGGAGGCGGUGGUCACCGUCACUGCGGCGAGCACGGCGGAACCGCCGUCGGUGGUGAGCGGAUUUUCGAAAGAGAGCGGGACGACAACAAGUGAGCUCGCGAUGGUGGUGUCGAGAAAUGCUAAGGAUCUGGUUGAGAUUAUAAAAGAGCUGGAUGAGUAUUUUCUCAAGGCUGCUGAUGCCGGCGGAAUGCUCUCUUCGCUCUUGGAAGUUCCCAGAUUCUCUUCUUCUCAGACCAAAGGAGGUAAAAUUUAUGAUCAUGGGUGUAAUUUGAGUCAGUCGCUGUGGACAUGGGGAAGUUCAAGUCAAAAGUUUGGAGGAUUCGGUAAAAUGGGUUGUGAUGAGAUGGUGCUUAAUCAAGUAGGUGGUGGGGUUGGAGAUGAAGGUGUGGCGAAUAGUAGCCAUUGUUCUACUGUGGAGAGGCUUUACGCUUGGGAAAAAAAAUUAUACCAGGAGGUCAAGGAUUCGGAGACACUAAAGGUAGAGCAUGAGAAGAGGGUGUCAACACUGAAGAAGCUAGAGAUGAAGAGGGGAGACUAUGUGAAGACAGAGAAGACGAAGAAAGAGGUGGAAAAGUUGGAGUCGCAAAUGAUGGUUUCUUCACAGACCAUUGAGACAACGUCUGCUGAAAUCAUCAACCUUCGUGAGACUGAGCUCUACCCUCAACUCAUCGAGCUUGUCAAAGGAUUGAUGUGCAUGUGGAGAAGCAUGUAUGAGUGCCACCAGGUCCAAAAGCAUAUUGUUCAGCAGCUCAGAUACCUCAACACCAUUCCAUCUACCGAACCCACGUCUGAGAUUCACCGGCAAGCAGCACUCCAGCUCGAGCUUCAAGUUCAGCAAUGGCAUUUAUCAUUUUGCAGCCUGGUCAAGGCUCAGCGUGACUAUAUCCAGUCUCUCACAGGAUGGCUCCGUCUUAGCCUUUUUCAGUUUCGGAGACAUCCAAUAGCAAAGACAAGUCAAGAAUCAAGAAUUUACACGCUUUGCGAAGAAUGGCAUCAUGCAAUUGACCGGAUUCCCGACAAAGUAGCAUCUGAAGGAAUCAAAAGCUUUUUAACCGUAGUUCAUGCUAUUGUAGUCCAACAAGCAGAAGAAUACAAGCAAAAACGGAAGUCAGAAUCUACAUUUAAAGAGCUUGAGAAGAAAGCAACUGUGCUUAGAUCGCUCGAGUCCAGGUAUGGGCCAUACUCGAUGCCCGAUUCCUCGGGCAAUGCUAAAAAGAACCCAGUUGCUGAGAAGCGAGCAAAAAUAGAGGUCCUGAGAGCAAAAGCGGAGGAGGAGAAAAGCAAGCAUGAAAAGUUAGUGAAUGUGACGAGGACCGUGACAAUAAGUAACUUGCAGAUGGGGUUUCCACAUGUCUUUGAGGCGAUGGUUGGGUUUUCAAGUGUGUGUAUGCAGGCUUUUGAGCAACUAUAUAACCAAUCGAAAAGUGCUGAUCAGGAGCUUGAUGUUAAGAUGUUACUACCUUGAGGGAAAAAGUUCAAAUUCAGUAAGAUUGGAAACACGGUAAUCAGUUUUUUUCUGUAUAUUGCGCAUCCCUUCAGUAAGAUCAGUUUUCAUGUAUAGAUAGAUGCACAUCCUUUCAGUAACCAUUAACCGUAGCGGAGGGGACUAGCAGUGACAGGAUCCCCCUUUCGAAGAUAAACUUGACAGUUUACGCAGAUUAGGAAAAGAAUGGAUACCGAAGAGAUUGAGUACUCGGAAUGCAACAGAGCAAGAGGAUUCUAGUUAGUUUUCAACUUUUCACAUCUUUGUUCUGUUUUGUUGCGGGAAAGGCGUUCGGAACUUCUCGCUUGUUUAAGCUUGAUAGUUUCCUUUUUCUUCUUUCAGGGUGACUGUUUGGUUUACUUAAUUAUUCUUAAUGAGGUGUUUUUGGUCUGUUUA